AUGGUCGGGGCGCCCAUCGGCUUCGCGCUCCUCGUGCCGCGAGUCUGCGCGGCCUGCAAGCGGUCAGACCCUCCAUGCAGCCUCCAGCCCUUCCAACCGCUCGCAGAAGACGCCAUGCUGUGCCAGGACUGCAUGCGGAGAAGCGAAUUCAGGACCAUCACCAAGACUCGAGCGAUCGAGGAGUACGGAGUCACAGAGGAGGUGCUGGCAAAGCUUCGCUACAUGACGAAAAAGAGCAGACAAGGGUACAUGAUGAAGCUCUACCUCGAGAAACAGGUCGCUGAGCACGGGACGAGGAGAGGAGGCGGAAGCGAUGUGUGCGUUCAGGCCCGCAUCGAUGAGAUGCUUGCUCCUCACAAGAAGCAGAAGCUGAGUGAGGGUAUUGUGGAGGAGCAGCAGGAGGCGAGGGGACGCGAGGAGGGGAACGAGUUUCCUUCUGCGAGCAAUCUUGCGACGUCCCCUGACAUGGUCAGGAAGAAGAUGGAGCUACUGUACAGAGGUUCCUCGCAUGGCAAGAGGAUGCAACAGGCCAGCGACCCUCUUGCGGAGACUCUCGCGUGCUGCUUGCCAGAGGAGCUGCUCAUACGGACUGACGUGCUCUCCUCUCGGCCCGGCUGGAGCGCAAAGGGGGAGGGAGGAGGCGGAGGGUUCAUCCUGUACGUGAUGCAGACGGCGAUGAGAAUGGAGGAGAAUCAUGCGCUAGAGGUUGCGACAAGGUUUCUGCUGGUGCUGGUGCUGGUGCUGGUGCUGGUGCUGGUGCUGGUGCUGGUGCUGGUGCUGGUGCUGGUGCUGGUGCUGGAGGCUCUUCGGUGCAAACUCGGCAUCAUGUCCCAUGUACUGGUUGACGGCUACAGAGGUUGCGACGCAAUGGCUGAUCUGAUCUCCUUGAGCAAACGUGCCAGCUGUGUAGUGCAAGAAGACAUGCCUGUCCUCCCCUACCGGCGCUGGGCAGAUGAACUCGCAGCCCACGCUUCCGUUCUGCUCGUAGACACUGCCUGCGUCCUUCCCAUGAAGAGAGAGGAAGGAGGAAAAGUGGAGAAAGUAGGAAUGGGUCCUACAGAGCAGGAAAGCAAGUGGAGGGGAGGAAAGCAGGAGCAGGAGCAGGAGCAGGAGCAGGAGCAGGAGCAGGAGCAGGAGCAGGAGCAGGAGCAGGAGCAGGAGCAGGAGCAGGAGCAGGAGCAGGAGCAGGAGCAGGAGCAGGAGUCAUAUGGAGCUCUGAUCUUGGGAGCAGGAGGUUGGCAGGGCGUACGCUUCUGCUUCAUCCUUCAGGGAACAAUGCUCUUGAUCCAGAGGGGGGUUGCGUGUGACGCCAACGACAAGAAAGCCAGCAAGUUCCUGGACGUGAGACAGACCCUGAAGAAACAUGCACACGAUGCGCGGGAGCGGGAGGCGACGGAGGAGAAGCUGGAGGAAGGGAGGACAGGAGACGAGUUUUGGGACUCCAUGCAGCAGAUACUGGUCAAACAAGGAGAACUUCACAACAACUUGCGCAUGACAUGGGGGAAGGCGAUUCUUGCGUGGGCCAGCGACCCGGAGAGGGCUGUGGACAUAGCGCAACGUCUCAAUGACAAGUAUGCUCUCGACGGAGCCGAUCCAUGCAGCGUGUCUGGUGUGCUCUGGUGUGCUGGAUUGUUCGAUGGGCCCAAAACACCCGAGCGUAAGGUCAUGGGCACAGUACGUCUGCGGUAA